GAGAGAGUGAGAGAGAGAUGAGCUGGUUAGAGAUGUGUCUCGGAUGCAGGUGGCGCGGUAACGCGGAGCUUAAUUACACUGAAAGUCGGCUUCGGGGAAGAUGCAGGAGGACGGUGGGAACGGUUUAAAGCUUAGUUAAUGUUGCAGUCGUAAGAAUCGCCCGUUGUAAAAAGAAAAGUGGAUUUUUACACGUAUUUUGUUAGAAGAUGCCGUCAGGAACAAGUGAAUCGAACAGAUUGAGUAUAAAGUCAUAAAGGAAUAUUCGUGAUCACGUGUUUCGUGCUUCAACAACACUAUACAACACUGUGCAAAAUGGUAUUUCUAACACGGGUCUUGAACUUCUGCAAAGGUGUUAAAAGGCUUCCUAGAAAGUACUUACGCGGUACAUUCAUCGACACAAUGCGUAUUCAUGUCCAAGCAGGAGCAGGAGGUGCCGGUCUGCCUCGUUUCGGCGGGAUAGGAGGUGCGGGAGGUAACAUAUACAUGGUUGCAAAGAAUGGAGAGACUUUGGAGAAACUCCUCAAGAGAUUAAAGAUCAAACGAGUCAAAGCUGAACCUGGAAGUAACAGUACAGCUAGAGGAAUUAUUGGUUUAGCUGGUACUGAUAUAAAUAUUCAAGUCCCGUGCGGUAUUACCCUGUAUAACGAGAAUGGAGUAUUAUUAGGAGAGUUGAACCAGGAAGACAUGAAACUAUUGGUAGCCAGAGGUGGCAAAGGUGGAUGCGAAGAGACAGGUUUCUGUGGUAUAAAAGGAGAGAGUCACAUAAUCAAGUUAGAUAUGAAACUAAUCGCUGAUAUUGGACUGGUUGGUUUCCCCAACGCUGGCAAGAGUACAUUUUUGGCAGCACUUUCAAAGGCCAAGCCUAAAAUUGCUAGUUACCCCUUUACUACCAUAAGGCCGAAAUUGGGACUCAUAAACUAUAAAGAUUACAGGCGUGUCAGUGUUGCCGACUUACCAGGUCUGAUUGAAGGUGCGCACAUGAAUAUCGGGAUGGGACACAAGUUUUUGAAGCAUAUCGAAAGAACAAAGCUGCUUCUGUUCAUCGUAGACAUACAAGGAUUCCAAUUAUCGCCCAGGCACAUGAGCAGAUCCUGCUUGGAAACUGUGGUCUUAUUAAAUAAGGAAAUCGAGCUCUACAAGCCAGAUUUAUUGGAAAUGCCAGCCUUACUUUUAGUCAAUAAGAUGGACACUAAAAAUGCCGAUAAUAUCUAUAAUGAAAUUGAACCGAUGCUGAAGAAUUUAACCGACUAUGUACAUACAUGUCCGGAAGAAAUACAGCCUGAGAAAGUGGUACAUUUCGAAAAUAUUCUGCCCGUGUCUCUCCUUUUGAAGGAGGAACAAGAGAUAAAGAUGAUCAAGGCAGAGAUAAGAACGAUGUUGGACAAGUACGAGGAACGCAAACAAAUGGCCGAGCGUGACCAUUGCCCGGACCUGGUCUUGCUGGAAAGAAUAAAGCGGCAGAGUGAGCAACACUCGCCGAUUGUUGUAUAAAUUUGCACAAUAGAAAAGUUCAUGUGACAUAC